AUGAACCACCUCAAUCCAUUCUCGCCCCGCGCCGCCCCGCCGGUCGACCCUCGCCCCUUCGCCGGCUUCGUGGCCCGCACCACGUGUCGCACAGAGGGACCCACGCCCGUCGUUCUGGAAGCCGUCCACGCGUCCGGUUCCGAAGCCGUGGCGUCCUCAGUGUCCUGCCAGAUAAAGCCCUGUCUCAUUAGGCAGGUGAAGAUCAACACAGACAGUUUUCCUGUGAUCUUGCUCAGGAGGGCGGAAGCCACCAUCAAUGCCACCGUUCAAGUUGACUGCCCGCAUGCCCCGGCCGUGGUCGAGCGCUGGCAGGUCUUUUCCGUGCCCUCUGUAGGUGACGUGCCCGACUGGACUCGGCCUUUGGAUGUACCACAACUCAAGUUAGGGAAAAGUCCAUGGUUCCUACACAUCCCCAGCAACUCACUGACGUUUGGGGUGUAUGUAUUUAAUUUCACAGUGUCCAUCAACACAUUGGACCCCAAAAUGCCUCUGUUAAAAGACUCGGACUCCAUCUAUGUCUGGAUUGUUCGAAGUCCCCUGAAGGCCGUUAUUCUUGGGGAUGCCAACAUAACAGUUAAUUUUACAGAUAGGCUGGUGCUGGAUGGAACGACGUCCUCUGACCCAGAUGCAGACAGCCCAUUAGAGGGACUCCAUUUUUUUUGGUACUGUACCACAAAUCCAAGAAACUAUGGUAAAGAUCAGAUAAUAGUGAUGAGCAAGGAAGUCUGUCACCCAGAGCAGUCUAAUCUGAAGUGGCCAUGGGCCUCUGGCCCUGUGCUAACAGUUUUGCCAGAAACACUUAAAGGUGACCAUGUGUAUUUUUUCAGAAUGGUGAUCCAGAAGAGUUACAGAACAGCAUUUUCUGAUAAAAGUGUACAUGUGCUCAAAGGACCCGCACCUAUAGCACAUAUUUCAUGUAUUGAAAAUUGUGAUAGAAAUUUAAUUAUAUCCAAUAGAUUUUCUUUGUUUCUAAAUUGCACAAACUGUUCGAGCCAUGAUUUCUAUAAAUGGUCAAUUUUGUCUUCUUCAGGUGGCGAGAUGCUAUUUGAUUGGAUGGGGCAAACAGUAACAGGAAGGAAUGGUGCUUAUUUGUCUGUGAAAACUUUUGCUUUUAGGCAUUUUUUGGAAGCUAAGUUUUGGGUUUCUCUGUAUCUAGCAAGUUGGAGUGGAAUGACCUUGGUCUUGAAACAUUCCGUUAUCAUUAACCAAGGUCCUAAAGUUGGAGGAUGCAAAAUUAAUCCAGCCAAAGGAACUGCAUUUUUUACUAAAUUUGUUGUCCAGUGUAGGGAUUUUAAGGAUAAGGACAUUCCUCUUACAUAUAAAAUAAUCAUUUCUGAUUUCUACAGUUUGGGUGAAAUCAGUUCGGUAAAAGAGAACACCUUGGGGACUGUCCUCUAUUUGGGAACUGAGUCCACAACGCCUCCUUCCUUUCUCCCUGUUGGUGUGUUGGCUAAUCAUUAUGCCAUAAAGAUAUAUGCUCAGGUUUAUGACUCUCUAGGAACUUUUUCUCAGGUGACUUUGUAUGCCACCGUGCAGGCUCCUACUGACAAAAAUUCAUCAAAUACUGUGUUGCGUCACCUACUCAGUCUCACCAUGGGACCAAAUUCAUUACUAUCUACAUUGCUCCAAAAGCAGGAUUUUUUACCUGCAGGUUACUUAAUGUAUAUAGUAGCUUCUGUUUUGAAUAACAUGAGAACUGAAUUAACUCUCCAAGAUGACAAAGCCAAUCUCCGAGAACACCUUGUCAAUCAGUCUUUUGCUCUUCCUGUACACACUUUGGAGGAAAUUGGCCAGGUAGUCACGGCUAUUACCAAAUUAACCCAGAAAGCCUGUGAGUUGACUCGAGUUGCUCAGAAACGUGCCACAGUGAGGCUGUGGCAAGCAAACCAAGCCCUACAAGAGUAUCGACAAAAAGAUAAAUGCUUUCGCUCUGAACAAAUAGAAAUUGUGAGCACUGGAAUAUUAACAAGUUUGUCUAAUAUCCUUAAGCUGACUUCUCAUCAUGAGGUGGCUGAAGAUCAUUUCUAUGUAGUUGAAUCUCUGUCAGACACAAUAUUGGCUAAUAAAGUGCCAGGGAAUGAAACCACUGUAAUGAGGACCCCCAACUUGAACAUAUUUGUCAAGAAAGUUGAGAAGCGGGACGUUACUCGCGUCUUCCAAAAUGACAGACACUGUUUUCAUCCCACACUCAAUGUGAGCAGUGUUCCUACUCUGCCUGCAAAUGCCCCAAUUUCUGCGAUGUUCUGUGAGUUUGCAGAUGACCCCUUUCCCUGGCUAAAUGAUAUGGGAAGCAUGUCUGUAGAGGUGGUUGGAUUCAGAAUGACGGGAGCCACAGAUCAGGGCAGCAUGAUAGAGAUCACACCUGAUGUAGCAGAGGUGUACCUCAUCAGAAAAAACUUGACCUUUGCAGCUUUUAAUCUCACAGUGGGACCUGACAGCAAUGUCAAUGAGUCUCUGAAGAUGACAACAGGAGCAUUUAGCUUUGAAGUGGACAGCAGAGUCCUUAGGGAGGUGCUGGUCCACAUUGUGACAGAAGUGACCGUGUUGUUCAAUGUAUUGGUGUACGCAGGCAAUCAGGUCACCCCCACCGCUCUGGUGGCCACCUUCCUCGUGCCUCAUGACAUGCCUCCAGUUGCCAACCAGACUGUCCCAUUUGACCCAGCCUGUACAGUUAAGGAGGCCCGUGUGAUCUGCCUAUCACUGUCCCUGCUGCAGGUCAUAGUUGAGCGCAGCAGCUCAUCCAUGUGCACCAUAUCGAUGCUUCUGCAGGCACCUCACUUUGUCAUGAAGCCCAGUGACAAGCUAGUGAGAGUUUCUCUUUUCAGCGUUCAGUGCUUGGACAUGUAUGGGAUCCAGAGUGAGUGGAGAGAAGAUAACUGCAUUCUUGGCGAGAAGACCACCUGGCGCAAAGUUCACUGUGUCUGCAAGAACACAGUGAGGGCCAGGCGGCAGCUGAGCACCAUCAAACUAACCAACGUUCACCUGCAUACCCGCUAUGUGCUGGCCAUGGUGAUUGUGGCCCCUAAUUUUGUGGAUCUACAAUUAAAAGUCAUCAAGAACCUUUACCAAAACCCCGUGACCCUCUUCACUGUGCUCUUCAUUAUGCUUGCGUACAUAAUCCUGGCUUUCUGGGCUUUGCACAGGGACAAAAUGGACCAGUUUCUUCGGGAUCAUGUGGUAGUUCUACCCGAUAAUGAUCCUUAUGAUAACAUAUGUUACCUGGUCACUAUUUUUACAGGGAGUCGUUGGGGAUCUGGGACCAGGGCCAAUGUCUUUGUGCAACUUAAAGGAACAGCAAGUGCCAGCAAAGUGCACUGUUUAAGCCAUCCACAUUUCACCACCCUCUACCGAGGAAGCAUCAACACUUUCCUCCUAACGACGAAAAGUGACCUGGGGGACAUUCAUUCCAUUCGUGUAUGGCACAAUAAUGAAGGCAAAGCGCCAAGUUGGUAUUUAAGUAGAGUCAAAGUGGAAAAUCUGUUCAGCAGACACAUUUGGCUGUUCAUAUGCCGGAAGUGGCUAUCUGUUGACACUGCUUUGGACAGAACUUUUCAUGUUAUCCACCCAGAUGAUCCUCUGACCAGAAAGGACUUCUUUCUUAUAGAUUUGAGUUAUAAGCUAGGGAAGAACCACCUGUGGUUCUCUAUUUUCGCUGGAGUCGUUGCUAAACCAUUCAAUAGGCUCCAAAGAUUGUCCUGCUGUUUAGCGAUGUUGCUGAGCUCUCUUCUUUGUAAUAUUAUGUUCUUUAAUCUAAAUACACAAGAAGAAACUGAGUCAAAAGAAUGGCACUUCAUCAGAUCAAUGGUGAUAGGAAUUGAAAGUGUCAUCAUUACCAUCCCUGUGCAAUUAUUAAUAACUUUUUUGUUUACCUAUUCCCAGAAGAAACCACAAGUGAAUCUAGAUGAGGUAUCUCCUCAAAAGCAUCCCCUGCUGUCAGAAGGAAGUGGGUACUGGGAAGAACGUUUGGAAAAGUGGCAUGCUUAUGAAACUGCUGAGGCACAGCCCAGGGAGGCUGCAAAGCCUGAGUCUAGGGGAAAGCCUGGACUUCAUCAGGCUUCUGUUAGGGAGACCUUCAAAACAGCACGCCAGCCUGAGAAAGCAGAAGCCAAGGCCCCAAAGACCCACAGACCAAAUACAAAUUUCAGUAACAAAAAUAUAAAAGACAAUCAGGAUGUUGGUUCUAGAGAGCCCUCUUCCCAGCAGCAUCCUACACAUCUUAAAACAAAGCGCCGGAUUGUCCUGCCUUGGUGGUGUGUUUAUGUAGCCUGGUUCUUGGUUUUUGCCACUUCUAGCAUAUCCUCAUUCUUUAUUCUGUUUUAUGGACUGACUUAUGGCUACGACAGGUCAACAGAAUGGCUCUUGGCAUCUGUUUGUUCAUUCUGUCAGUCAGUUUUUCUGGUGCAGCCAUCUAAAAUUAUAUUCUUGUCAGGCCUCAGAACUAAGAAUCCCAAAUACUGUAAAAACCUUUCGUGGUCAACCGGGUAUCAUUACACAGAGAUCAAGCUGCAGGGGAUACCUCCUGAUGACAUGCAGAAGCUCCAUCACCACAUUGUCCGAAUCCGAGGCUCGAGGAUGUACCAGCCCCUCACAGAAGACGAAAUCAGAAUAUUCAAAAGAAAGAAGAGGGUCAGGAGAAGAGCCUUGCUAUUCCUGAGUUAUCUGCUAACUCACUUCAUCUUUCUAGCCCUUUUGCUGGUCCUCACCAUCCGACUAGGCCACACUGACAGCUUUUACCAUAACCGGUUUCUUCAUGAUCAGCUCUCUGUGGAUCUUGCUAUGGUGACAAAGCUGGAGGACAUCUACAGAUGGCUGAACAGCGUGCUGUUGCCUUUGAUACACAAUGAGCUGGAGCCAACAGUGCUCCUUCACAGCUCCUCUAAAAUCCUUGGCCUUCCACUGAUGAGGCAGGUGAGAGCAAAAUCUAGGGAGAAGAUGUGUCUGCCUGCCGAAAACGUGCAAAACAGCGUCGCAAGAGAAAUUCGUUGUCGUCCUAAAUAUGGUGCUGACCCAGAAGACACAAGAAACUAUUCUGGUUCUUGGAAUGAAGUUGAUAAGUGGGGUAUAGACAAGAAUGUGGAUGGGUUUACUUAUCAGCCUCAAGGAAAGCAAUGGGUGCAUUAUUCCUAUGGACUAUUACAUACCUAUGGAUCAGGAGGGUAUGCCUUCUAUUUUUUUCCAGAGCAGCAGCAGUUUAAUUCUACACAGAGGCUCAAAGAACUCCAAAGAAGCAAUUGGCUUGAUGAGAAGACGUGGGCUGUGAUUUUGGAACUAACGACUUUUAAUCCAGAUGUAAAUCUGUUCUGUAGCGUUUCAGUCAUAUUUGAGGUCUCUGAGUUAGGAAUUGUCAACACAAGCAUAUCCGUUCGCUCUUUCUCACUUGCCGAUUUCAACAGAAAAACUUCAGCAGAAAUCUACCUGUACGUGGGCAUUCUCAUUUUUUUUGUAGCCUACAUCAUCGAUGAGGGCUAUGUCAUCACACAAGAAAGAGCCUCCUACGUGAGAAGUGUGUAUAAUUUGCUCAACUUUGCUUUAAAGUGCAUAUUUACUGUGUUGAUUGUGCUCUUUUUCAGGAAACACUUUUUGGCAACUGGCAUGAUUCAGUUUUACUUGUCGAACCCUGAAGACUUCAUUCCCUUUCAUGCAGUUUCUCAAGUAGAUCAUGUCAUGAGGAUAAUUUUGGGUUUCCUGUUAUUUCUGACAAUUUUGAAGACACUCAGGUAUUCCAGAUUCUUCUAUGAUGUGCGCCUGGCUCAGAGGGCCAUCCAGGCUGCCCUUCCUGGCAUCUGCCACAUGGCAUUUGUGGUGUCUGUGUAUUUCUUCGUAUACAUGGCUUUUGGUUACCUGGUAUUUGGGCAGCACGAAUGGAACUACAGUAACUUGGUUCGUGCCACUCAGACAAUCUUCUCCUAUUGUGUUUCAGCUUUUCAGAACACUGAAUUUUCCCAUAACAGGAUCCUCGGGGUCCUGUUCCUCUCAUCUUUCUUUCUGGUAAUGAUCUGCAUCUUAAUCAACUUAUUUCAGGCAGUGAUUUUGUCAUCCUACGAGGAAAUGAAGCAGCCUGUGUAUGAGGAACCAUCAGAAGAAGCGGAGGCAAUGACUUACCUGUGUCGCAAGCUGAGAACUGUGUUCAGCUUUCUGACCUGCCAGUCUAGGGCCAGAGACGAGCCUGAGUUCUUCAUCGACAUGCUCUAUGGGCAGCCAGAGAAGAACAGCCGCCGGUAUCUGGGGCUGAAGACCAGAAACAUCAAUGGGAAGAAAAUGGUUUACCUCGUUGUUUGA